UCCUCACGCUUCACCUUCACUUUCAUAUAUACAUAUAAAAUCUCACUUCAACAUAUAUACACUACAUAUACAUACAAACUCAUCACCAUCAUCAUCAACUCUCACGAAACUACUACUAUAUCAAUUAUAUUAUAACCAUGCUUCCAGGCGAGUUCACAGAACUCUACUACCUCCCAGUCUCACCUGAUCAUCAUCAAAACCCUAUCCUCCCCGUACUUCCAAACUUCAACAACACGAUGAUCACUAACUCUACUUGUACGUCUAACAUGGACCCAGUUUUCCAUCUCAACUCAUCAUUCUUGAACACCAAUUUACCACACUACCCUCCCCCUCAAACGACGUCGUCCACUCUCAGCAACAACUCCACCUCCGACGAAGCUGAGGAGAACUAUAACAAUAUUCACAGUCCUCAUGAUCACGAGCAGAUGAGGAUCAUCGACGAGCGCCGCCAGCGGCGGAUGAUAUCCAACCGGGAGUCGGCUCGGCGCUCCAGGAUGAGGAAGCAGAAGCACCUCGACGAGCUCUGGUCCCAGGUGGUCCGUCUCCGCACCGAGAACCACAGCCUAAUCGACAAGCUGAACCACGUCUCUGAGUCCCACGACCGGGUUUUACAGGAGAACUCUCGUCUCAAAGAAGAAGCCUCUGACCUUCGUCAAAUGUUGACUGCCCUCCAGAUCGGAAGUCCCUAUAACGCCGCCGUUUUGAGAACUACUAUUCAUGAUGACGACGACGACGACGACGAUGGUGUUGAUGCCGAUGAUCAUGAUCGUGAUCUUGAGGAUAUGGUGGAUAAUAUUGAUCGUAGUCACCGUAAUCACAAUCACCAUCACAAUGAGAUUAAUCUUCCCUGCAACGCGGCUCAUCUUAGAGCUGGGACCUCCUCCACUAAUAUUGCUACUUCGGUUGACUUACUUCAUUGAGAUUAGAUAUAUAACAACAACAAGAAGGGUUAAUAUUAAAUGUUUAAUUUUCUUUUUUAUGGAAUAUUAUUAUUAUUAUGUA